AUUGUCCCGCUGCAUUGGAGAUGAAUGCUUUUGUAGAAACAAACAGACUGAAAGACUGAGAGAGAAAGGACCAUGCCUGCUCCAGAAGGUGCCUUUGCAGGGGUCGCGGAAAACGAACGCGAAGAGUCCGUUCCCGUCCCAGCACACGUAGGCGCAAGUGAAGGGACCGCGCUCAAGCUUAGAAAAAUCGUAGCUGGUGGUGGCACGACGACGAGUGCGAGUACCACUUCCAUGCCUCCAGCAGGUGAUGGAGAUGUGCCACCCUUGCCCGACUUGGGCGUUUUACGGUCAAAGCAGUUUCUCGUGAAUGAGAUGGCGCGAUGUAUGCACUUUUUCGCGCCGACUCGUUGCUGCGACUGUUCUUCCGAUCUUGGCGGCUAUUACCAUUUUUUCGCGGAGGACGGCACUGUCUACGAUAAGGACACCAGGGUCCUCGUCACGCAAGCCAGAUUUAUCUUUAGCUAUGCUGUCGCGCACGAGCACUUGGAAUCGUAUUCAUUCAAGCCGGAUGCUGCGGACUACAGCAAAUAUGGAAGUGCGGUCGACUCGUCACCCGUGCACGCCCCUGCAGGGAGCGCAACAGACCGUUUCAAUUUUAUGAACGCGGUCCAGCAUGGAGUGAAGUUUCUCUCAGAGGGGCCAUUGAGGAACAAGGAAAAUGGUGCGUACUACUGGGUCGUAAAACUUCCCUCAAAAGACGACAAAGAAGCAGGAAGCGACGACCGCGUGGAAGUACUUGAAAAGAAGAUUUUCACAUAUGGUUUAGCGCAGUGCUUAUUGGCAUAUGCAGCAGCAUUGCGGAUCGGAGUAGUAGAUGCGAAAUUCUACUUGGAAGAAACGUGGAAUCUGUUGGAAAAGCACAUGUGGGACGGCAGACACGGAUUGUACGCGGAAGAAGCCGAUGAAAAUUGGAAAGCUACCGAGUAAGCGAUUUCUUGCUUUGAUGAUGCUAGGUCGAUUCCGAUUUGGUUCACCUUUGAAGAUGCUGUUGUCGUUUUUGUUGAGGCAGUGUACGCCUCAUUACUCCUCAGGAGUCGAAGAAGAUGAAAUUCAAAAAGAUAACAAACUAACUCAUUAUACUUUUGCUCUCUCACAUCAUCAACUACACAGUUACCGCAGUGAGAGCGGCAAUCUCCACAUGGUUGAAGCUUUGAUCGCCGCUUAUGAAGCGACGCAAGACAUGAAGUAUCUUGAGCGCGCACUAAAAGUCGCCGAUAACAUUUGCAAUAGACAAGCAGGGCAGACGAAAGGCCUCGUGUGGGAGCACUUUGACGAGAACUGGAAAGCCGAUUUGAAAUUUAACAAUGAUUCGGAGGCACUGAAGAUCUUUCGGCCGUGGGGUAUUCAGCCUGGGCACCAAGUUGAGUGGGCGCGCUUUCUGCUCACUCUGAAUUACCACGUUGAGAAGUUGGACUGCUUCCCGCCAAGAAAAGAGCUCUGGUUAGUCGACAAAGCGAGAUACUUGUUUUUAUGUCUCGGACGUGUAUAGCUACUCGGGUGGUCGCUACGGAACCAGGCAGCUCUGAGUUGCUACGUGGUUCGAAUGAAUGAAAGAAAGAAAGAAGUAGAAGGAUCAAGGAAGAUGAUUGAUGUUGAUCAUGGUCUCUAUGAUCAGACUUUCAUUGAUGCUAUAAUUCCCAUUUACAUCUCACACAAUUACGAGAAAAGCACUUCAGCACAACUCUCUGUGCUAUUCGCUCAAAAUUCAGUCAGUAUUAUAGAUUGCAUGUUUCAGUCACCAGUAUAGAUUGAUUGCCUAAAGUUUGCAGCAGUUGUUGUACCCACACUACGAUUCUAGAAGAACAAGAAGAUAGAAGAUCAACAUUGUCCUGAAUAUUGAUUUAGAUUUUCUUUACGGUGAAACUACAAGAAAAACGAAAAGCAUACCCUUAACCAUCACCAUCUUUCAUUCGCGGACGUAGCGGUGCGAAAUGCUUGGGAUAGUCAGUAUGGUGGCCUCGCCUACAGCUUUGACCUUGAUGGAAGCGUUUGUAACGAUGACAAAAUCUUCUGGGUCCACUGCGAGAGCGCAGGAACUUGCGCUAUGCUGGCGUCUCUUGCAGAACAAGAGAACGGCAACGGAAAGGACAUGAUUAAGAUUAAAAUAGUUUCAAGAUGAAAUCCAUCUUAUUUGUGAGCAUCUAUCUUAGUCUCACUUUGACUUUUUAGGUCUGCUAUUUCUUAUAUUAUAAGGGAUACAGAAACAUUAACAUAACAACUAAGUAGUUAAAACGUUGUAAUAAACGCGCACGAGGACUAGGAUGCUCCUGCUUUACAAGAUGGAUUACAUCUCCACGCUCUAAAAGUGACAGGAUUGAAAGUUGUUCUGGAGGUUCGGGCAUGCGACCCGAGCAUUACUGGGACAUCUAUAGUCGCAUCUGGGAGCAUAGCUGGAAAUACUUCGUAGACCACAAGUAUGGUUCAUGGCGUCGUCGUUUGCGGAGGGACAACGUGCCACAUUUCCUCGAAAAGACCAAGAAAGCUCUAUGCGUCGACCCUGACUUUCACAUGAUGGGUGCUUUCGCUGGGGCGUUGCUGAUGAUGAAAUGAGACAAGAUGUUAAAAAAAAGAAAAAGACUAAGAAGUAAUAAAAUAAUUCGUGUACUUAACUUAUUCUGUGUUUGACCAAGUUGUAGGAGGUCGUACCUGUAGUCUACUGAGGUACUUAGUCAUCUGAUUGUGGUGUGAAAAUCAUGGUAGACCAUACGCCGAAGGAUAUUUAGGAUCUACUAGGACCUCCAGUAGAUGAUCCAUAGAGUGAUGUCCUAUGCAUCUAAAGGGAUAACGGUCGAAAAGAAGAAUUCUGCGAGAGAUGAAG